GUCAGAGGUCGUGGUGGCUGCUUGUUAUCGAAGUGUACCUGUGGCCAAGAGUGGGUUAACUCGGUGUCUCUGAAUGACAGCGGGAUAGAGAGAAGGAAGUGCAGGGGAGCUUAAAUGAGUGAGAGGCAGGGGGCAUAGAUAGAGGAGGAGGUAGAGGAGGAGGAGUGGCAGAAUGAUAGAGAGAAUUAAUUCAGUCCUUAACCAGCCCCAUCAGAUUGACGCCACAGCCAACUGGUGUAUGUCAAACGCACACAGUGCCACAGAGUCAUGGAUGAAGAAAAGAGGAACAUCCAGUUGCUACCAAGGAAGACAAGCGUCACUCUAGAAACAUGUGGGAGAGCAGAACCAGACCUCAGCACACAAGACGUCCUGGCCCUUCCUGCUGCAAGGGACGCAAAGCCCUUCUGCUCUGUCAGCAGCAACCAGAGGGUUACGGAGCUGUUCGAGAUCAUCGAAAAGCUGCAGGGAAGUAGAAUAGACGAGCAACGAUGUGUAUUCCCGCCACCUCUUAAGACCCAACUGCUGAAGAUAGGAGGUGAGGUGCCCCUCGUUCUCCCACCCAAGUUGGGAGGCUACUGGCUGGAUCCCCCCCUGGAUAAGCUUGUAGACAUGAGCCCCUGCACUUCUCCCCAACACGGCCUGGACCCAGCCUGCUAUGAUAUAUUGGAGCGAGACAGCGAUGCCAAGAUCUACCGAGAGUUCUUCGGCUCACUAUACCAUCACACGUUCAUAGCAGUGGAUGCCACUCUGGGUCCACUGGUGCUCUCUGUGUGUUUGGAGGGAGAAGCUCAGAGAAUACGAGUCAUCUUAAGGAUGAUGGAGUGCUCUCUGCAUGGAGUUUUCUCCCUUUCUCUUUUCCACAAUGUUCCUUCUGCUGUUGAGUUAGCCAAGAGGCUCUGUGAGAAUGUCACCGUGACCCGGUUUGAAGCAGUCAGCUAUCUGAAGGCUCCGGAGUUGAUAAUAGCGUUUGAUGAGCACAGGGUGUCUUCCAAUUUCAAGUUUGGUAUCCUGCUUCAGAAAGAAGGGCAGUUCACGGAAGAGGACAUACUGAGCAACACCGAGGAAACUCAGGAGUUCCAAGAGUUCCUGUCCAUCUUGGGAGAGACAGUUAAACUGCAGGGAUUCACCGGAUUCAGAGGAGGUCUGGAUGUGUCUCAUGGUCAAACUGGAGACGAUGCAGUCGUCACUUCCUUCCAGGGAAGACACAUCAUGUUCCAUGUAGCCACCAAGCUGCCGUUCACUGAGGGCGACCCGCAGCAGUUACAGAGGAAGCGACACAUUGGGAAUGACAUCGUGGCAUUGGUUUACCAGGAAGGCAAGACCCCUUUCAUCUCUGAUAUCAUCAGCUCCCACUUCCUGCACUGCUUCCUGGUGGUUCGCAAGAUCCGGGGAGAGCAGGAUCAGAGAGCAUCAGGAGGAUACCAGGUGUGUGUGACCGCCAGAGAUGAUGUCCCCCCUUUUGGUCCUGUUCUACCAGAUCCUCCCAUAUUUACAGAUAGUUCCUUGCUGAGACAGUUCCUCCUCACCAAACUUAUCAAUGCAGAGAUCUCCUGUUACAAGGCAGAGAGGUUCAGCCGUUUGGAGCUUCGCACCCGUUCGUCCCUACUAGAAGGCCUGCAGAACGAACUGUCCGCCCGCUCCCAGUGCAUGCUGGGAGAUCCAUCCUCUAUGACAUUGCCAUCGUGUGACGGGCUUAGGGGCGUGUCCGAAGGCAGUGGAGGUUUCAUCGAAAACUUCAAGAGAGCCAUACGCGUGCGCAGUCAUUCUUUUGACACACUCGGUGUUCCCAAGAAAAUCGGGGGGAUUGUAUCGCACAGGCCAAAGACCGCAUAUGCAGAGAAAGAUGAUGAGAGUGAAAAAACCCCAGACUCUACAGUUCCUGUGGUAGAAAAUUCAGAAUCAGCCAACAUCGAAAACCAACAGUGUUCUCAUGAAGAGUCAUAGCUACGAAGUGUAUACAAAUACGCACCCUGAUUGUCUAUAAUUGUUUAAAUGAAAUUGUGUACUAUUUUAUUUUUUCUAGUACAUUUUAGUAGGCCUAAAUGACACAGAAUGUAUUUUAUCUAUUGUACUUGUAAACUACUCGAAAAAUAAAUGUAUUUCUUCAUUGAUCAAAAACCAAUUGAAGGGCAAAGUACGGUCAAACAUGUUGUUUUUCUUGUUAUAUUCAGCCCAAGGGCAGCCA